CCAAUGAGGAGUACCAGAAUAAAGGGGACCUUUUUUUUUUACACUAGCUACAGUUUUUACACAGAUUAUACUUUCACUGGGGGCGAAACAGGAAUACGUUAGCGUAGUCACCACGGUAGCCUUGAGGGCGUCAACUGCAGCGGAUAUUACCACGUUUGCUGCAUAUUUUGAUGCCAGUCUGCCUUGGUAUAUUCAUUGAACGACUUCCAAAGUCUGCAGAGUACGGUCGCUUUCUUGGAUGCUCAGUUUCUGAUGCCAGGGAGAUAAAGAAUGGGCACACACUACCACCAUGGUGACCGUAGACUGUGACUCUGGCUAGGAAGAUGGCAGUGGGGUCCAGCGAGACUGUUGACGAUGUGGGGAAAUCUGUCCAAGUACACCCCAUUAUUCCUGGUGCUGGCAGUGUCAGGACUCGUCCUACUGCUCUGCAACAUCCACACCCUGGAGAAAGGGAGUCGGUUCACAUCACGAAGAUGCACGUCCAAAAUGCGUUCUUUUGUCCAGAUGCUUUUCCCACAACUGUUGCUGACAUGGCCAAUAUGGUUUCGGCAUUCGAUUGCGAAAGUUUGCUCUCACAAUGACUCCCCAGUUGAGAAACACAAAGUUCAACUGUCAGACGGUGUCGGCGCUCUACCAGCUCCAGACCAAGCUGGACUCGGCCUUCAGGUCCUCGGGCCUGCUGCAGCUGGACCGGAACCGGACCUACUGCGGCCUGCUGGGCCCGGAGCUGACCGCCGAUGAGGCCGCGGAGGAGCGCCACCUGCUGGAGUCGGUGGCCUGGCCCGAGCCGCGCACGUCGCCCGCGCCCUUCCGCCAGAGCAGCGACCCCAGCCGCAGCUUCUUCGUCAUCCUGUCGUCGGGCGGGGAGUGGCGCGCGGGCGGCCAGCUGGAGGCGCUGGUGCACAUGCACGACUUCCUGGGCAAGCCCAAGCGGCACGGCGGGGACUUCCUGCUGGCGCGCCUCCUGUCCCCCGAGCUGCGCGCGGGCGUGGCCGGCCGCGUGGUGGACCACCAGAACGGCUUCUACUCCCUGCUCUUCUGGCUGCCCUGGGCGGGGCCCGCGCAGGUGGAGGUGGUGCUGGUGCACCCCAGCGAGGCGGUGCAGGUCCUGAGGCGUCUGCGGGAGGAGAGGCCCGACCGCGUCUUCUUCAAGAGCCUCUUCCGCUCCGGGUACUUCUCCGAGACCACCGUCUGCAACCUGUGCCUGCCCCCCGGCCAGCCGCUCUGCAAUUACACCGACCGCCACACAGGGGAGCCCUGGUUCUGCUACAAGCCCAAGCUGCUGGGUUGCGACACGCGCAUCAACCACGCCAAGGGCGGCUACCAGAAGGACCUGCUCACCAGCCAGGAGGCCCUCCUGUUUCAGAGUGACAUAAAUAUUAAGGUCCCAAUACCGUCGUCAGGACCAGACCGUGUGACUGUGCUGCCAGAAAGAAAAGAGAAGCCGGAGUCUGAGAGGAGCGUGAAAGCUGAGACUGCCAAGUUCAUGCCGUCGGGGUUCUACUACCAAGGCACGUGGCAGUCGACCGGGGGCGUGCCCAUCCAGCAGUUCAACGACACCGCGGCCAUCACAGACUGUCUGCGGGGGAAGGUGGUGAACAUCUACGGGGACUCGACCGCACGCCAGUGGUUUGAGUACCUCAACGCCUUCGUUCCAGACCUGAAGGAGUUCAACCUGAGGAGCCCGAAGAACGUGGGCCCCUUCCUGUCGGUGGACAGCGAGCACAACAUCCUGCUGAAGUACCGCUGCCACGGCCCGCCCAUCCGCUUCUCCACGGUGGCAGCCAGCGAGCUGCGCUACGUGUCCAACGAGCUGGAGGGCCUGGCGGGCGGGCGGGGCACGGUGGUGGUGGUGACGGUGUGGUCCCACUUCAGCACCUUCCCCGUGGAGGUGUACGUGCGGCGCCUGAGGAACAUCCGCCGGGCGGUGCUGCGCCUGCUGGACCGCGCCCCCGAGACGCUGGUGUUCCUGCGCAGCGCCAACCUGCAGGCGCUGGACCCCGACGUCAGCCUGUACAACAGCGACUGGUACUCGCUGCAGCUGGACGCGGUGCUGCGCGCCAUGUUCCGCGGGCUGCCCGUGGUGCUGGUGGAUGCCUGGGAGAUGACCCUCGCCCACGGGCUGCCCCACAACCUCCACCCGCCGCCCACCGUGGUCAAGAGCAUGAUCGACGUCUUCCUCUCCCACGUCUGCCCCCGGAGGAGGGGCCUGUGAGGGGGGGCGGGGCGGGCGGGGGGAGGUCGAGAGACGGGCGGGCGGACAUCCUGAGGCCGGUCGCUAUGCGGCGGUUGGUUACCGUGGGAGCGCGGCAGUUGGUCGUUGACGGAUUGGCGGGGGUCGCCGUGGAAGUGCGUUCGUUUCGGAUCGUGGAUCGGGAUUCAGAACCUGUACUUGGACAGUCUUUCCCUACCCAAGACUUGCAGUGUUAAAAGGUCAAAAUGUGAAACGGUCAGUAAGUCCACUCAGUAUUCUGGACUACUUUGAGUGUAUGUGGGGGCGGUAGCUAUGGAAACGUGGCGAGACCCCUGUCCUGCUGAAUGCAGGGCAGAAACUUCAUUUCAAGCCAUGCAUACAUGCGUGUACGUUGCCAAAAAGCAUACCGAGACAAAUGCCAAUUUUAAUAGUCAUGCUCGAUGUGUGCUAAUGCAAAUUCUAAUUGCUGUUUCUACCUGUGCUUUUAAUGUGAUUUAAUGAAGGGUCAUUGAUCAGAGCUAGAGUUUUGGCUAGAGUUUUCGCUGUAUUACUAGAACGGAGUUGGACUGGACCAUUCCUGGACCCGUAGACUUUCUCCAGCCUGUUUCUCAUAGUCAAUACACAAUUGCGAGAAUUGCAUCUCCCAUUGCCAGCAGUUGCUUCUGCACCUUAAGGGAUUUCCUUCAUCCCACGUCAUUAAACCACCCGGAACUAAAUCCUGCGGCCAUUGAGGGUUAACAAACAAAAACGGUAAAAGUGAAAGAUGAAUCUCUCACUUUGAGGUUUAUGGCUUAAUGUAUAAAGGAAAUAUUGGCUCUGAAACAUGUGAAACGUCCAGGCUGGUUAACCAGAAGGGGUGUAACUGUAUGCAGAACGGGGUCGGUACGUAGCCUACCUCCGCCUUUUCACUUCACGGUCUAUUACAUUUUCUGUUACAAAGCAGAAAAGAAAUUUGAUUAUGAAAAUGUAAACAGUGGCUCAUUGCCUAUUAUUUCCUGCUUAAUAAAAUUAGGCACAUUAAAAAAAAAGUUCAGCACUUGCUUUAAAGCAGGACUGUAAUUGUUUGGUUAUUGUUGCAGCGUGUGUUGCUACUCCAGUACUAAAUCGCGAUACAGGACCUUUUUUUUUUUUUUUUUUUUUUUUUUUUUCUCUCCCAGCCUUGACGAAGCCAGCAUACUAGAGACGCAUUGUGUUUCUGUAUUUUACGGGAACCAGGUCUCUCCCCUAAUUUGCGUAGGCAGAGCUGCAAGCACACCGGCUACUAUUUUCGUAAGGACAAGUGUAUUGAAAAUUAAAUUCAUAUUUGGUUGUUACACUAUAUAUGAACAUAUGCACAAAACCAUAUCCCACUGCUGUACAUUAUCAGGUAUGUGAAUAUAAUAAACAUAUUAUAAUAUGGA